AUGUCGUCCAAGAACCAAAGGACAAGUAAGGCUAAAGUAGAAAUAGGAGUGUAUGUGGGUGAGAGCGUGUGCCUGCUAGGGAAUAGUGAAAGACCAAGAAAAAAGAAGGAGGAAGUGGUAGAGGCAGAGAGAGUAAGCAGUCUCCAGACUUUGCAAUCCAGUAUGAAAUGGCACCACAUGGAGAAUAAAGCUGCAAGUUUGUGGGAAGCAUAUACAGGCAUGAUUUCUUAUCAGUCCAUGAUCCUAGCCACAAACUCCAGCUAUGUGGAGCCUGCUAUACAGUACGAAAUUCAACUGCAGCUGAUAGAGUUGUCCUUUAAAAUGGUGUUUUCCAUACCAAGUCUUGAGGAAGUGAAAGCGAGGGGGACUGGUGCUGAGGAUACAACAGACCUGGUGAGUUUACACCAAAAUACUUUAAACAUAUAUGAAGACACUCUUCUCAUCUUAGUAUCUAAAGAUCUCUACAAACUACAGAUCUUAAAGGAGAUGGCUGUGUGGAUGAGUAAGGACCGUUUCUACCUGCAGGCGAGAGUGAUGGUGACCAUCAGCAGGGUGCUGAGCUUCGCAUCCAAGAAGGUCUGUGGCUAUACCAGUGUUGAUGCUCCUUGUCUGGGGGUCCUGGCCGCAGAGCUGUCUCUUCUGUGUUCCCACGCUGAUCCUUCCAUCACGCACCAAGCGUCCUUGGGAUUGUACCACCUCCUCUGCAUUGCCAAGUGUCAGAGCGUGGAAAUAGAAAAAAACAAGACAGCCAAACUUGCUGACUGUGGAAGCUGUUGCCUCCUGUCCCCUUCAUCAGAGGUGGAUUUUCUACCCAAGAGCUUGCAACAAAACAAAAAUAAAAUUGCUCAGAGUGUAGGACGAACCUUGCUGCCCUCCCUGCUGACUGACUUUGUGUGGAGUCUCCUGCGGAAGAUGUCUUCAUCUGACUACAAAACUGCGUCCGAGGCUUCAUCCAUCUUGAACUUGACUCUGGAAAAGUAUGCGCUGAAAGUCACGAGGGUGUGUAAGAUUGUAGAUGCAAUUUAUAAGCAAUUGUAUGAGAAUUGUUAUCACAGCAUGAAGCAAGCUUUGCUGCGGGUCAUUGCCUUGCUGGCCUGCACUUCACCCAAGAAGGUCAUCUUUCAACUCAUGGACUACCCAGUCCCAGCAGACAACACCUUGAUACUGAUGUGGCAAGCGGCAGGCUCGGAGUCAAGCGUCGCCCCGCAGGUGCUGAAGACAAUCUUGCUGAUAUUGAAAGGAAAACCUGGCGAGAUGGAGGAAAACCAACUGGACCGAAGACGUUGCUCUCUCGAUGCUACCAGCAUGAUGCCCGUGGUGGCAUCCCAGGCCCUGUGCAUUUUGCUUCCUGUUGACGCUUACAAAAAAGCAGUGACCCAGCUUUUCCCAGAGCUCCUGGUGUCCCUCAUGCUUCAACUCUUCUACAGCACUCAACUGAAACUGGAGCCAGAGGCCAGGCCCCUCUAUGCGCUGGAUGCCCUGAGAGUUCUGCUGACCUGCUCUGGACUACAACAUGUGGACACGGCUCUAAAGAAAAGGAACUGUUGGAACCAGUUUUCCCAACCUCUCUAUCACCAUCAUUGGGUCUACCUUAUUGCCAAAGCUCUCAGUGAGUUUAACUUUCCACAGUUUCCAGAGACUUUAUAUUACCUUUACAAACUUUCAGUGGGUGGUCCUAGAAGAUCAGAGGACAGUAUCAUCACAACAAUAUUCCUCACUGAACUUCUGAAUAACUUCUUCAAAGACCCAUUCCCAGAGGAAUUUCUGGUCCUCUACAAAAACUGGAUCAAUGAUUCAAAUCCUGCUGUUUGCAAACUGAGCCUUCAGAAAAUUGCCAGCAUGGCCCCAGUUAUCAAUGAGAUAGAAAAUGUCUCCAGCAUAUUAGUAGCUAUCCUGGGAGCCUUCCAUUCCAAAGACAAGACUGUUGUAGCUCGGGCCUUGUUCACCCUCCGGAAACUUUUGGGCAAAUUGGAUAAGAUGACCUACUCCACGUUAUGCACCCAGAUUGCUUCCAGCUACUAUCCUCUGAUGGAUCAUAGCAAUGGGGGUAUUCGAAGCAUGGCUAUUCGGCACUUUGGUGACUUACUCAAUGACAUGAAUCGGUACAUGUGCUUGCUGAGCCCUGUGGUCCUCGGCGCCCUGGUGCCCCUUGUCCUGUUUUUGGAGGAUGUGGAGAAGAGAGUAGUAAAGGCAUGUAGAUAUACAUUGGAAAUAUGUGCCUCCCAGCUGAAGUGGUCAACAUCCUAUCUGAAGAAGGAUGAAACAUACUGUUUUGAGCGAGUGGUGCUAAACAUCUGUAACAAUCUACUGAUUUCCUAUAAGAGCUACGUUAAAGACUUGAUAUCUGAUACCUUAGGAUUCCUGGGGAGCUCCCGAACGUAUCUGAAGAGAGCGGCAAUUAUUUUAAUAGGAUACUUGGCAGCAAUGGGUGACCAUUUACUGUUCAAAAACGAAAUGGAAGUCAUGUUUGAGGCUAUUGAACGCGUGCGUCGGGAUAAAGACCCCGAAAUCCAAGACUUGGCAGAAAAAACUCACGGUAUUUUGAAGAACAUCGCUCACAGCAUGAUCUCCUCCACCAUUAAACAAAGCUUCCAAAAAAUGGUCAAGAACAUCUACGUGAAAAGAUUGAAGCCUAUUUAUUAUUAUAAUUGGCCCCAAGAUGAAACAGACAGCCCUAAAGAUAGGGAAACUGAGAAGGAAGGCUGCGUGGAAGAGAAUCCAGAGGCUUACCUGAUGAAGCAUAUUGAUGACGAAUUCAAAUUUUGAAGAACCACAUUUCAAUUUUCCUUCUUGAUAGCUUGAUUUUGUUCAUAAAUGCUUCUCUAAAGGAUGCUUUGAAUAGAAUAUUUUUUUAAAAAAAACC